AUACAUAUUCCAGAGGAUCCAUUUGAAACCAAAAUGAACUUCUAUAAUAUAAGCAAGUUUCCAAAUGUUAUUGGUGCUAUCGACGGGACCCAUGUGCCCAUUAUUGCUCCUGCUGCCAACGAACAUCUUUACAUUUGUCGAAAGAAUUUUCAUUCCUUGAAUGUACAGGCAAUCUGCGAUGAAAAUAUGAUCUUCACAGACAUUGUGGUCAAAUGGCCUGGCUCGAGUCAUGAUUCGUUCAUAUUACAACAAUCCAACAUAUAUGACAAAUUCGAAAGUGGCCAAUUUGGUAACAGCUUGCUGCUUGGGGACAGUGGAUACCCAUUAAAAAAAUGGUUGAUGACACCAAUAUCAAAUCCCAAUGGGACAGCCGCUGAAAGAUAUAAUAUUGCACACAAAAAGACAAGAGUGAUUAUCGAAAAAGCAUUUGGAGUGUUGAAGCAAAGGUGGCGUAUUCUUGAUCAUACCGGGGGCAAAUUGUGCUAUACACCAUUGAAAGUUGCGAAAAUUAUAGUAUGCUGUGUUAUUCUACACAAUAUGUGCAGGAGAAAUAAUGUUCCUCUGCCUUCCAAUGGGAGAAUUUACCCUGUACCAGACACAGAUGACACUGCAGCACAAGAUGAUUUCGAACCCACUGCAGAGUCCGUGCGUUCGGCCAUAGUUUCAAGUUUUAGUUAGUGUAUCGUCAAAAUUUUUGUGUGCUUGCAGUAAGGGUGUUGUCAAAAACUUAAUACACAUGAAAUUGGUGACAAGCGUGACGUCACCACAGAUUACCUCAUACCCUUGCGACAUGUGUCAUGUACAUUUCAGAUCGAGUCGAUUUGAAUAUGGCCACUCUCAGCUUGGUUGGGGCUGUUUGUGUCACAAUAUCAAAUUUGAAUAUUCGGAACACUUCGUCAUUCAAUGAUUGUGACAUAAGCAGCCCCAACCAAGCCCUUAACUGAGCUGGGAGUGACCAUAUUAAUAUUGACACAUCUUUCUGAAAUGUUUGAUAGACUUGUCGCAAGGGGAUGGCGGAAUCAGUGAUGACGUCACGCUAUUCGCCAAUUUCCAGGUUGUAUCAAGUUUUUGACAACUCCCUGGCAGCGAGUCAUAAUCCCCCUAUACAUGUUGAAAAAGUAACGUGAAAUUAAGUCUUCAAAUUUCUUUAAGAAAAUAAAUGAGUCUCAAUUUUGCGUUCCUUUUUCAAUUUUUAAGUACCGGUAUUAAAUUUUGCGUUGGAGAGUAUACAAAAUAUGAAAACUCAAAAUCGUUUACUUAUAAAUAACACACUUUAAUUUUAAAAGCUGCUGAACAUAAAUUUUUUAAAAAGUAACACUUGGGCUUGACCAUGUCAUUCAUCAUCUUCCGGAAUUUCUUGCAAGUCACUAGAUUCAGAUAUUUCAAUGGAGUUUUUUAUUCAACUUAAUUUUUACACCCACAGUUUGAUGUUGAGAAAUAAAGAUCUUUGGCCUGUCCUGUUUC